GCAUCUUCUGCUGAUGCCGCAGGAGGAUCGUACGCCGGUUCUGGGACACAGCAAAGGCAAUCAGCCGUAGUUGAUGUUGCCACACCAAAGCACGGAAUCGAAGAAACUGGUAAAGCCGGUGACGAGUCCACCACAUCUGCUGAACACAAAAAGCACGCCUAUACUGGAUGGUAUAGCCAGAAACAAGCGAAAGCAAACCUCGCGGCCUACAAGAAGAAACAGGAGGAGCUUGCACGACAGCGCGAGGCGGCUGCAGGUGGUUCUUCUGGUACUGCUGCACCGGGAGCGGCAGGAAAGGACGCUGGAGACAACACUCCAGCAGCGGCAGACGGCAGACAGCGCGUGCCGAAAUACAGUCAGAAACAGGCGAAGGCGAAUCUCUCGGAAUGGAACCGGCGUGAGCAAGAAAGAAAAGCUGCCGAGGACGAAAAGGAGCGUAAGAAGCAGGAGCAGUUGAAAAAACUCGAGGCACUCUACAAGAAGACCGCUCCUGGUGCGACAACAGCCGUAGCUGCUGCCCCCGGAACCACGCAACAAGCUCCCGGCGACGCGUCGCAAGCAGGUGGAGCCGCAUCGUCAAGUCCAGCGAAGAAUAUGAAGAC